UGCCGAACUCUUCCGAACCCAUCCUCUGAUCAUGGCUGAUCGCGUCCGCGUCCGAGGUGUCACUAUACAUAGACCGAUAAUAUAUGGCAACACUGCGACAGUCCUUACUGCUGCUGAGCGGGAGACUACUCACUAUCCAGACCACACUCAUCGGUGGACAGUCGCAGUUCGCAGCGCCCCAAGCGCACCGGACUCUGAUACCGUCGGUGGUGGAGAUGAUUUGGCAUACUUCAUAAAAAGAGUCACGUUCAAAUUGCACGAUACAUAUCCAAAUCCGACCAGAAAUAUUGAUAAACCUCCAUUUGAGGUGUCAGAGACUGGUUGGGGAGAGUUUGAGAUUCAAAUCCGCAUCACUUUUGUAGCAGAGUCUGGCGAGAAAGCCAUCACGCUAUACCACCACCUGAAGUUGCAUCCUUGGUCAAUUACUUUUCCUCUGCCCAAUGCAUCUGCAGCUCCCGCAGAACCUGAAAUUCCGUCUCCCGAGAACGCUGCAAAGCUUGGGCCUGUGCAUAGCUGGCAAUACGACGAGAUUGUCUUUACAGACCCAUUUCAAAAUUUCCUUACUCUUCUCACAGCACAUGCACCGAUGCCGCUACCGAAAACGAGUGUAAACAAGAACCCCGUUCCUUUUCACUCGUCUAACCCUGCAUCGUUGGAGGCGAGUCUAAAAGGUGGCGUGCCGGAGUUCACCAGUGCCAUGGAGAAAGAGGAGGCCGACAGGUUGGAAGAAGCCAAGGGCAAGAUUAUCAAAGAGCAGGAGAAAUUUCGAAGCAUCUUGAUAGAAAAAGAAAAGGAGCUCGAAAGACUUCAGAAGCUUCUUGCAUCGAAGGAGUGAUCUUGCCCAGCGUGUUUAUAGCAUGGUCAUAUAUGUUAGGUGAGCAUUAGCAACUGCCUCACCCUCAUAUACCACUUCUCGCAUCCUAAUAUUUAGUAUCUUUAGGAUAUCUGGGAGCACACGAAAACAAGCGGUGCUCAGGUGUCCCUUGAAACUACAGCACUAUCCUAGGUCGGGGAUUUAAUCCACGAUCUACCGGAUUUGCGACCCUGUCAUGGAGAUUAGCUGAAGGCGAACCGAUGUCGUGUCACAGCAGCUUGACUGACUUACAAUGCGAACUCUUGACUACACGCACGGUACCACAUACUGCUACACCUGCCUUCCUAAGCGCCGAUGACAUAACCUGUACUAGCUGGCUGAAUGUUAUUGACGAAGAUGAUCCUUAUUC